GACGUCAUCAAUGUGCGCCGCACCCGGAAGAGACGUGGCAGCGGAGGGAUAAUCCGAGCGGCCGGAGCCGACGGGAACAGAGCUACCGCUGUCGGAGUGGGUGAGCCGGAGUGGGUCCCCGGCUUUCCGCGCUUUCCACUACGGAUCGGUCAUGGGACUUUGCAAGUGCCCGAAGAGGAAGGUGACGAACCUGUUCUGCUUCGAGCACCGAGUUAACGUCUGCGAGCAUUGUCUGGUAGCCAAUCACGCCAAGUGCAUCGUGCAGUCCUACUUGCAGUGGCUACAAGAUAGUGACUACAAUCCCAAUUGCCGCCUGUGCAACACACCUCUGGCCAGUCGGGAGACAACCCGUCUUGUGUGCUAUGAUCUCUUUCACUGGGCCUGCAUCAAUGAACGUGCUGCCCAGCUACCACGAAACACGGCGCCUGCAGGCUACCAGUGCCCCAGCUGUAAUGGCCCCAUCUUCCCCCCAGCCAACCUAGCUGGCCCAGUGGCUUCAGCACUGAGAGAGAAGCUAGCUACAGUCAACUGGGCUCGGGCAGGACUGGGCCUCCCUCUGAUCGAUGAGGUGAUAAGCCCAGAGCCUGAGCCCCUCAAUUCCUCAGACUUCUCUGACUGGUCCAGCUUUAAUGCCACCACCACCCCUGCGCAAGAGGAGACAGAUAGCACUUCUGUUGCUCCAGCUUUCUACAGCCAGGUUCCCCACGCUUCUUCCCCAAAGUGUCCUGAGCAGCACACAGUCAUACACAUGGGUAGCACUGAAGCCCUGACACACGCCCCAAGGAAGGUAUACGACACACGGGACGAUGACCGAACUGUAGGCCUCCAUGGAGAUUGUGAUGAUGACAAAUACCGUCGCCGGCCUGCUCUGGGCUGGCUGGCCCAACUGCUCAGGAGCCGGGCUGGGUCUAGGAAGCGGCCACUGACUCUGCUCCAGCGGGCAGGGCUGCUGCUCCUGCUGGGGUUGCUGGGCUUUCUGGCCCUCCUUGCCCUUAUGUCUCGACUCGGCCGGGCUGCAGCUGACAGUGAUCCCAAUCUGGACCCGCUCAUGAACCCUCACAUCCGUGUAGGUCCUUCCUGAGCCCAUGCUCGCUUUUAGGGCCAGGUCAGGACCUAGAGUCCUAGGGAGAGAAGGUGGGGAGGCCUAAGGGCUUUUCUCCACUCCUCUCCCUCAGUCCUGAGACACUAAGAUCCCCUGGGCCAAGACAGUUGGAGCCUGAAGCUACAGGCCAGGUCUGUAGCCCUAUUCAUCAAAUUGGUCUUCACCUGCUUGCCCCUGGGUGAAGCAUUUCCAUCUGCCUGCUUCAACCCUCAAAGGAGCAGACAGGUGCAAAUAAACAACAGACUUUAUUAAAACA